UUGCUCAUGGACCAGUCGUCAGUCCAGCUUCGGAGCUCCACCGGUAUGCAUAUAAGCCAUGCAACAACAAUCGCGGUCCUCAGACACCGAAGUGCGAUCUAGGCGAACUAUUUUUUUGGACAACGUCCAAGAUAAUUUUUACAAAUUUUGUUGCAUGAAAGAUUCCAAGAGAUCGGGUCCUGAUCUGGAGAAAAUGGGGCAAAUAAACGAUCAUAGUGCGGCCGCGAGUGACAGUGGUAAACCCAACGGGCAUCACCAGAGACAAUCGAAAAAGUCCCUCCGCGUGAAAGUUCCUCAACCUAUAAAACUGAAGAAUCAUAUGGAUGACACGGAAAACUUCGAUGUUUUACACAGUCACAUGGAAGAACAGAUUAGCUUUUAUAAUGCACACUGCACAGAAAGAGUAUGCCAGGGCAGUGUGAUGAACACUGGAGAUACAAGUAGGGGAGAGACGCCACGGUCCUCAGACGAAGUAUACGAGGAGGCUCAAUCAUUCUACAAACAAUAUUUUGAAUCCAUACGAAGAGAAAACUCCAAGGCUUAUACAAACAGAUUGGAAGAAGUGAGAAAAGAAUUGAAAGAACACGGAACUUAUCAGCUCAAAAGUCCAGAGCUCGUGUUUGCUGCUAAGACCGCGUGGCGGAACGCUCAACGAUGUAUUGGAAGAAUUCAAUGGAAGAAAAUACAGAUUUUCGACUGCAGAGAGGUGACGACAGCAAGAGGGAUGUUCGAAGCACUUUGCACUCAUAUUAAGUAUGCCACCAAUAAAGGAAAUAUACGGGCAGCAAUAACCAUCUUUCCCCAAAGGACUGAUGGCAAACACGACUACAGAAUAUGGAACCAUCAACUCAUCGCCUAUGCUGGUUAUGUUGAGGAAGACGGGUCUAUACUUGGUGAUCCCGCUCGGGUAGAAUUCACUGAGAUAUGCAUUAAAUUAGGCUGGAAGCCAGCUCAACGGACCGCAUGGGAUGUACUACCAUUAGUACUAUCGGCAGAUGGAAAAGAUCCCGAAUUCUUCGAAUUACCACGUGACAUUAUUAUGGAAAUCAACUUAGAACAUCCUCUGUUCGAAUGGUUCAAGGACUUAGAUUUAAGGUGGUACGCGGUGCCAGCCGUGUCCAACAUGAAACUGGACUGUGGAGGAUUGGAAUUUACAGCAACUGCAUUCAACGGGUGGUACAUGAGCACCGAGAUCGGGUGCCGGAAUCUUUGUGACACUUAUCGGCUAAAUGUUACUGAGAAAGUAGCAAUCAAGAUGGGAUUAGACACAAACUCCUACGCAACCCUUUGGAAAGAUCGAGCUUUGGUCGAAGUAAAUGUUGCAGUUCUGCAUAGUUUUCACAGGGACAAUGUGUCCAUAGUGGAUCACCAUUCAGCAUCUGAACAAUUUAUGAAACAUUUGGAAAGCGAGAAUAAAACGCGGCGCGGAUGUCCUUCAGAUUGGAUUUGGAUAGUUCCACCGAUGUCAUCAUCACUAACUCCAGUGUUCCAUCAAGAGAUGGCUUUGUACUUUCUCAGACCCUCUUAUGAUUAUCAGGAACCCGCUUGGAAAGUCCAUCAAUGGAAGAAGGCAGAUGAAACGAAAACUACAAACAGAAAGUUUCACUUUAAGCAAAUCGCUCGCGCUGUCAAGUUCACUUCUAAACUAUUCGGUAGGGCUCUAUCUAAGCGCAUCAAAGCCACAAUCCUUUAUGCCACCGAGACAGGCAGAUCUGAACAGUACGCCAAGGAGUUAGGCGCUAUUUUCGGCUACGCUUUCAAUGCGCAGGUACACUGCAUGUCAGAAUAUGACAUGUUCUCGAUAGAACAUGAGACUUUGCUGCUGAUUGUAACUUCCACGUUUGGCAAUGGUGAACCACCGGAUAAUGGGCUUGACUUUGCUGAACACCUGUUCCAAAUGUUGUAUAAUGACAAAAAACAUCAUGGAGAUCAAAGCGGAGAUUUCUUAGGAAAUCAAAAGUUGCCGACGCCAAAAUCGCUAAUGCGGACGAACAGUGUUAUGACUCCAAGCUUUGAAUACAAACGACAGCUUAGUCGCAUGGAAUCUAACAAAAGUAGUAUUGCUGCAGCAUCGUCAGUAGAGCACAUAGGACCGCUAAGUAAUGUUUGCUAUGCGGUGUUUGCGCUAGGCUCCAGUGCAUAUCCAAAGUUUUGCAACUUCGGCAAGACCGUAGACAAAAUACUUUACGAGUUGGGAGGCGACAGGAUUCUCGAUGUGGCUUGCGGUGACGAAUUACUCGGACAGGAACAAGAGUUCCGACAAUGGUCUUCGAAAGUUUUUCACGUGGCCUGUGAAACAUUUUGUUUAGAUGAAAAUGAUAGUGUGAAAGAUGCAAAGAACGCUUUGGGGACGAUGCCGCUGACAGAAGAAACGGUGAAAUUCGCAAAGACAAGCGAAGCACUUCCAUUGAAGACUGCACUGGAAACCGGAUUUAGAAAACAUUUGUUGCCCUGUAAAGUCAAAGAAACCAAAAACUUGAUUAAAUCUUCUGAGGAAAAAAAGACAAUAUUCGUUGAUCUGCGAAUUAACGAUGAAAUAAAGUACGAUCCUGGUGACCACGUCGGCGUAAUGGCUCGCAAUCGUAAAGAAAUUGUCGAUACAAUCCUAGAGCACUGUAAGGACGUUGACCAGUUUGACAGACCUGUACAAUUGCAAAUUCUAAAAGAAACACUUACACCUACAGGCACUGUAAAAUCUUGGGAGUCUCAUGAAAGAAUUCCACCAACAACUAUUCGAGAUAUAUUCACAAGUUUCCUCGAUAUAAGUACGCCACCAUCAACCAAAAUAUUGAAGUAUCUCGCAAAGGUUUGCAGUAAUGAAAAAGAGGCUGAAGAGAUCAAAGAGCUAAUCACGGACCCUAAUAAAUACGAUGACUGGCGUCAUUUCCACUACCCUCAUUUAGCAGAAGUACUACAACAGUUCCCUUCAUGUAAACCUCAAGCAUCUCUACUUGCUAUCUUGCUUCCGCCAUUACAGCCAAGAUUUUAUUCCAUAUCGUCUUCGCCAUUGGCACACAAGCAAAGUAUUCAUCUCACUGUAGCUGUUGUCACUUACAAAACACAGAACGGAAAGGGACCGACACAUUAUGGAGUGGCAUCGACAUAUUUAGAAGCUUUACAACCUGAUGAUGAUGUUCUAGUUUUCAUUCGAAGAGCUCCCAGUUUCCACAUGCCAAAAGACAUAUCAGCUCCACUGAUUAUGGUUGGCCCAGGUUCAGGUAUAGCGCCAUUCAGAGGAUUCUGGCAUCACCGCAGAUCACAGAUGAAAUCUUUGGAACCAGAUGCUCAGAAACCUGGACCGAUGUGGCUGUUCUUUGGAUGCAGACACAGUGAUAUGGAAUUGUACAAAGAAGAAAAAGAGGAAGCACUGUCUGAUGGAGUUCUUACAAACUCAUUCCUGGCUUUGUCAAGGAAAACUGAGUGUAAGACUAAAUACGUUCAAGAUUUAAUAGCAGAGAGAGGUCCAGAGAUUGCAAGCAUGUUAUUAGAUGAACAGGCGCAUUUUUAUGUAUGCGGUGAUUGCAAGAUGGCUGAAGAAGUACAACAGAAACUCAGACAAAUUAUGAAGACACAUGCUAAUCUCAGUGAUGAGGAAGUAGAAAAUUGUAUACUGGAAAUGAUGGAUGAUAAUCGAUACCACGAAGACAUUUUUGGUAUCACACUCCGAACUGCAGAAGUGCAAAGUCAAAGUCGGGAAUCUGCGAAGAAUCGGUUGGCAUCGGCGCAAUCUCAAUCAUAAUCUUUAAGUUUUAAAGUUUAGAUAACUAUAAAAUUAUAAUCUAUGUAUGUUUAGUGAGUUUAAUGGAACAUAAGACAGAUGUCUGAUCGAAUGCAAUGAUCUUAAUUCAAUGUUCAUGGUCUUUUUAAAAUUUAGAUGC